CCGAGGAAGUGGAUCCUGGCCGCUGACCCCAGCGUCUCCCAACCCCGGGCGCUCCGCCAGUUCCGGCCGCGUGAUUUCCCCCACCGGUGGGCCCCCGGCUCCGCAUCCAUGGGACGGGAGGAGAGAGCCUCCCGGGCGCGGGGGACGGGAUGGCGCAAAGGUCUGUUCUCAAAUAUCUGGUUAUGGCAAGGUGUUGCUGGAGUCCUUGCUGUUGCUGUCAUUUUGAUUUUGUGUAUUCAGUUUGUAAACCGUUCUUCAGAUUUUCCCAUCUGUCCUUCCCUGGAACUCUGUCCAUCAGAUUGGCUGUAUUUCCAGAGAAAAUGUUACUACAUCUCUGAGAGUGAAGCCAGCUGGAACUCCAGUCAGAGCUUUUGCUCUUUGCACAAUGCUUCCCUCUUGGUGAUAGAAAAUCAUCAGGAACUGAGUUUUAUGAUGAAGAUAACAAAGCAAGACCCCUGGAUUGGACUCUGUAAAAGAAAUGAAGAGUUCUUUUGGGUAGAUGGGAAAGCAUUAGACACUACACUGAUUGAAGUAAAAGGCUCUGGAAACUGUGCCUAUCUUGAAUCCAAAGGAGUCUCGGCCUCUGGAUGUUAUUUAACCAGGAAGUGGGUCUGUAGUUUGAAUAUUGGCUUAUCAGGAUAAAGGGGGAUGAAGCUACCACACCUGAUACUUGGUGCUCUGAUGUCUGCACAGACUAUGUCUAUACUCUGGGACCUGGGAACACAUCUCAGCUCCUGCUUGGAGGUGAAUGGCUUUUGUGGUAGCCAGAAUUCUGCACCCAUGGAGGAAGCCUCUGUUGUUUAAACGUAACCAUUUAAAAGGCUUCAGCAUCUUGAUAAGCCAUUUCAUUGCCCCAUUUUUCUAGCUACCACUCAUCCUGUAGGUGCCUUUUGAUAUGUUAUCAGUAUUUCUUCCAUUAACUCUUCUCUUGUAGGAUCAGCAGCAACUGCUCUUUUCCUUUUUGUUGUGCAGUCGGAGGUGUUUGUUCUGCUUUUUCCUUAGCCAACCUCUGUGUGCAGGGAUGGGUUGUGAAGUGUGGGUCUGCCUGAAAUUCUGCAGUGCCUCUCAGAUACAGGAUGAUGCAGAAAUGAGCACUGUUGGUUUGGACAGGAUCAUUGCAGAUUCUGCUCUCCCAGUUUGAUGAGGUGCAUCUUGUGUGACUCUGCAUUAUAUUGUGUUUUGUUAAUGUUAUUUUACAUUAAUCUUGCUAAAUUAGCUUGACAGUAUUAACACUGUGGGAUUUAUGUAGCUGCACUACAUAACCUGAGGUUCUCCUUCCCACAGCAAAAAGAAAAGUCAGGAUAGAUAAGAGUAUUCACCUGAGCAUCUGCAUGGAUGGGGAAGAAGUUUGAGUUGAAACAGUAAUAGUGAAGCUGCAGGCAUUAAUGUUAUAAAGUUAGCUAUAGUUUUCAGUGCAAAUAGGCGAAGUCAUGAGUAGGGAAUAAAAGAAUUAACAGCAAAGGAUGAAUAAGAGAAUUGAGAGAAAAGGAUGUUCCUCCGCGGCUUUCUCAUGGCCUGUGCCUGUCUGAGCAUGAGGGUGGACAAUCUAUUUUCUGGAAGAACAGUAAGUGUUUUCUUCUGUGUGCAUAUUGUUUUCAGCAGCAACAUCCCAUGCUGUUGAAUUGCUAUGAGCCUUAAAGGAACUGAGGCACAAUCCCGCUGAACCCUGUCCGCUCAUGUCUAGCAGGUAACCUGAAGAUUUAAAGUGCACUUUGACCCAGAGGAAGCAAAGCAGCUGGUUUUCCUGGAAGGACUACUCCUAUCGGGUACCUAGAGAAGGAAAAAAAUGGGAAAUUCACGUGUAAAGCAGGGCAAAAGAGCUUCCUUGCUCGGCAUAAAGUCCGGACUAUUGUUUUUCUUGUGAUGUGGCUGCUAUGGAGAGGACUAUGGGCUCUGUGGGACUUCUUGAAGGAGCAAGUGGAGCAAUUUUUGGAGUAGCCACUAGAGUGCACUGUAGUUCCAGAGAAGGGAAGCUAAUUGCGUCUUCUCGAUUGCUGAGAAUGUAAAACUGCACCAUGUUUGACAGCUCAUUUGAUGUAUGUUUGUUCGUUGGGUUUUCUUGUCCUAUUUGUCAUUAUUUUUGCCUUCAUUGUGUUUUUAUGCAGAUUAGUUUCUGUUUACUUUUGUUCAGCAUCUUGUUUAUGGCUUCGUUAUUUUCUGUGGCAAUGGGACCUUGCUGUAACAGGACCAUGCAGUAUGGUUAUUGUUAACAACUGACUUUACUAUGGUUAUUUAUAUCUGAGCACUAAUUUUGCUGAACUACCCUUUUUAUAAUUGCUUAUAUUCUUUAUAGGCACAGUAACAGGACUCUAUGGUCUGAACAGCCUAAUAAUCUAUGUGUUAAUUUAUAUGUAACUAGUUGGGGAGGUGUUAUUCUGCAAUCUUUUUAACUUAACUAGCUCUGAAGGAUAUGGUAUGUGCAAUAGUCCUGAAAAGGUACUUACUAAAUAUCUUUACAGAGCCUCUGAA